AUGAAAAGUCCGGGCAUCACCAACAGGAUUAUAAUUCAGUCAGAUUCAAGUCUGUACUGCGAUGACGUAGACAUCCGCUUCAGUAAGAUGAUGAACUCCUGCAAGGUGCUGCAGAUCCGCUACGCCAGCGUUGAGCGCCUGCUGGAGAGACUGACUGACCUCCGUUUCCUCUCCAUCGACUUCCUCAACACCUUCCUGCACUCCUAUCGCGUGUUCACCACAGCUGAUGUGGUGCUCGACAAACUCAUCACCAUCUACAAGAAGCCGAUCAGUGCCAUCCCUGCUCGGUCCCUGGAGUUAUUCUUUGCCAGCAGUCAGAACAGUAAACUAUUGUAUGGAGAGCCUCCCAGCUCCCCCAGAGCCACCAGGAAGUUCUCCUCCCCACCUCCUCUCACUAUUGCCAAGAAUUUAUCCCCAAAUCGCCGGCGGAAGCUCUCCCUCAACAUCCCCAUCAUCACUGGGGGCAAAGCUCUUGACCUGGCUGCCCUCAGCUGCUCCUCCAAUGGCUAUGCAAGCGUGUACUCAUCCAUCUCCCCAUUCAGCAAGACCAGCUUGGACAUCAACAAACUGUACGUGUCCAGUUCCGUCUCUAGCAAAAUCCCUGAUGAGGGAGAGGACAAGAAGGACAAGGUGGAGGAUACAUCAGUGAGCAAACAAGAUCACUCUGUACCAGAAGAAAGUGGCAAUGAUCCAAACCAGAGUCAUGAAGGGGAUCUAGAAGCCUCUCCCAGCAAAUCACCAACGACCCCAAAAAACAUCAAAUGCAAAAACUCCUCAGAGUUCUCACUGUUUUCCUACAACAAUGGCAUGGUGAUGUCCUCAUGUCGAGAGCUGGAUAACAACCGCAGUGUCGUGUCCGCUGCCUCCGCCUUUGCUAUUGCUACAGCUGGAGCCAAUGAGGGCACACCUACCAAGGAAAAAUAUCGCCGGAUGUCCCUCGCCAGUACUGGCUUCCCAACCGAUCAGAGAAAUGGAGACAAAGAGUUUGUGAUCAGACGAGCAGCGACGAACCGAGUCCUGAAUGUCCUGAGGCACUGGGUGUCCAAACACUCUCCGGACUUUGAGAGCAACAAUGAGCUGAAGACUAAAGCUAUUGCCUUCCUGGAGGAAGUGAUGCAUGACCCUGAGCUGUUGACCCUGGAGAGGAAAGUAGCAGCCAACAUCAUUAGGACUCUAACUCAGGAAGACCACAGUGACAAUCAGAUAACCCUUGAAGACGUGACAAAACUGAUGGGUGAAGGGAAGGCGGAGCACUUUGAGAGUCAGUCUGCAUUGGAGAUCGCAGAGCAGCUCACUCUGCUGGACCACCUGGUGUUUAAGGUCAUCCCAUAUGAGGAAUUCUUUGGACAAGGCUGGAUGAAGAAUGACAAAAAUGAGAAGACGCCAUACAUCAUGAGAACAACAAAGCAUUUCAAUGAUAUAAGCAACCUGAUUGCUACAGAGAUCCUGCGCUGCGAUGACGUGGUCACUCGACUGUUGGUCAUAGAAAAGUGGGUGGCUGUAGCAGACAUCUGCCGCUGUUUCCACAACUACAACGCCGUGCUCGAGAUCACCUCCUCCCUCAACCGCAGCUCUGUCUUCCGUCUCAAGAAGACCUGGCUCAAGGCUUCCAAGCAGACAAAAGCAUUGAUUGACAAGCUGCAGAAGCUGGUCUCAUCAGAGGGGAGGUUCAAAAACCUGAGAGAGGCGUUGAAGAACUGUGAUCCUCCCUGUGUGCCCUAUCUGGGGAUGUACCUCACGGACCUGGCUUUCAUUGAGGAGGGAACGCCAAACUACACAGAAGACAACUUGGUCAACUUCUCAAAGAUGAGAAUGAUUUCUCACAUCAUCAGAGAAAUCAGGCAGUUUCAGCAAACAGCAUACAAGAUUGACCUGCAACCAAAGGUAGCCCAGUACCUACUGGAUAAUAGCUUUGUUCUGGAUGAAGAAAGCAUGUACGAAGCCUCUCUCAGAAUUGAGCCGAAAGUGCCCAACUGAUGGGGAAGUUGGUCCACGACAUUAUUUCCUCUGUUAAUAUUACACAUCAGUUAACAAACUCAUCAACAUUUGUAUAGUUGUACAUGUUUAAUAUAUUUGCUCUUCUGUACAGUAGAUGUUUAAGUUUGUUUGACGACACAAAACCUUUCAGUGUAUAUUUUUAGUUUGUUAAUGUUGCCAUGAUGCCAACUGCUUUGAGGUUUAUUUUUAUUUUUAUUUUGGGUAUUUCAAGCAUAAUAACAGAGGUCCCUUUGCCUGCACAUAACUGUGUUUUCUUAGUGACUAAUGACAUUAUUUUGCAUCAUCUCGUACCUUAUUAACUGCGCUUAUUGAGCACUCGUGCUGCUGACCGUUGUUCUCUUGGCCUGAAUUUCAUCAAUGACUGAGUUUCUCUGCAACCAAUGUAGCAUUGUGAUAAUUUAACUGUGUCUAAUCAGGUAAAAUAUUACAGAGAAAAUAAAUGGAUUUAAAGAUAUGUAACAAUGAUCAAUGGAGAUUGGAUCAUUAAACCUGAAGCAUAAAUGUCUCUAUGCUUCUCAAAAACAGGAUUUAGAUUUUAAUUGAUGCUCACUAAUCGAAAGUCAGAGGUUCCCUACAGUUUAUUUUGCCCUGCAAACCAUUUAUUUUUAGAUAGAUAGAUAGAUAUAUACUUUAUUAAUCCCCAAGGGGAAAUUUGUCAUUACAAAUAGUAUCAUUGUGAACCAGCUUUGAGACAAAUGCUAACAUGCUUAUGUUCAUCAUCUUUGUUUAGUGUGAUAGCAUGCUAACAUGGGCUAAUUAGUAGCCUACUAAAAAAAAGUAGCGACAUCUGAGGCUGAUGGGAAUGUUUAAAGAUGUGUCAUUUAGUAUUGGACCAAUUAAGAUGUUUACCUGAUGAUGGCUCGAGAUGAAAAGUCCGGGCAUCACCAACAGGAUUAUAAUUCAGUGAGUGGGACAUGAGUCUGUCCCACUUUCCAUGGCACUCCGUCAAAUAGUCGUUAAGACUUUUCACUAGAAAACACAAACGUGUGAAACUCAUGGUGGCGCUAGAGGAACAGGUCAAGGGAUUACUGAAGGUAUAUCCUCUGGAAAUUGUGGAUAUUUUUACUUGGGCUGUCCCUAUCCAAAGAAAUUCGUAUGAUUUUGUUGACAAAUUAAAUAGGUGAUUUAAUCUUUAAAAAACGACUAAUUGACCAAAGAAAUCGUAGUUAACUAAAACUAAAACGCUUGUUUAGUCGACUAAUCCACCAAAAGGGGGCAGCCCUAAUUUUUACAAAAUGUCAAUUGAUAUCCAAUAGUUGUCAUGCUGCUAUCACAGAAUAGAAAUUUAUUUAUUACUGGUGAAAACGGGAAUGAGUAAUGCAGAACAGGCAUUCUUUUCUAAAUAUGAAGACAUUUUUACAGUUUCUUCGCUUCCCAAAUUUUCUGAGGGCCGAUUACAGUCCACAGACAACCUCUGCUCUAAAACACUUCCUCCAUGACCUGAAAUCAAAAAUAACGAGAAAAAAAAAUUUAUAUUUGUAUUUGUUGUAAAGCAAUACACUCUUACGCUAAAUCUCUUGUCACACAUUGCAUUAUAUUAUCUAAUCCGUGAUAAGGAGACAAUGAAUAUCUUUAAAUUGCUAUGAUUUACAGUUAAGCAUUAGACAUCUGAAUUUACCGUUACACUCAAAAAAUACCAAUGCAGUACAGUGAGUUGUUCAAAUUUCAUGUUUCUUGGAUUUUAGUUUCACUCAUAAAAGAAAGUUAACAUGCUUUGGAAAGUGUUGUAUCUUCAGGUUUGGCGAUGAUUCUGUAGAGUAAAAGGUUUUGCUCCUCUGUCAUUAAAAGACAAUCUGUCCUUUAUGGUGUUCCAGUGAUUGUGGAACGUGACUGUAUAUCACUCUGUUAUAUGCAUUGCUGUUUAAACUUAUUAUAAAAACUUAUGUGAAUGACCUCUGCCUGCAGCAUUCAAACACUAUUUUUGGAGUAGUAUAAGAGAGAGUGACCUGCUCUUUAUAUGAACAUGGGAAAGUAUUUUGGACUUUGUUGUUAAUUCACCUGACUGAGAUGUGCUGUACAUUUUGUACAUGAAACCCUGCAUAUUUCUCAAUGUGGAACAGUGUAAUCCUUUCAACAAAAUAAAAGUUGUAUCUCAA